AAUAAUAUCUGUUUGUAUUAAAUAAAAUUGUUUUGGCGUCUUAAGGUAAAAGGAAGCUCCGGGUAAUGUUUUCGCCAAUAAAAUCGUCAAAAUAUGUCAGCUGAAAGAAAGAAUACAAUAAAAUCGUGUAAUAAACUGUUUACAAUAAUUGGACAUCGAUGAUAAAAUAUUGCAUGCAAGAGAUAAAAUAGCCAUAAUUUCUUGUCCACACAAGCAACCUAACGAUAUCAAGACGGGUAGUGUGGGCAUAGAAACACGGAAAAAACUGCUGUAUCAUUAAUAAGUGUAAAUUCUACAGUGAGGUGGAUUUUAACAUUUCUUAUUCUGAUAUUAUCAGGGACAUUUCUUUAACUUGAGACUUAGAUAAAAAGUCAUAAAUAUAUAAAAACAUGCAUUUGUCGCGUUGGUUAUUGAACGUAGAUUUUACGUGGAAUAUCUAUUUCAAACAAUACAUAAUACUUUCUUGAUGUCAAAAUUGUUUUUCAAUUUUAUCAUAAUGAAUUAAACUUGUUGAUUUAUUACGGGUACGACUUGGUUUAAAACACUUGUAUUUCGUUCAUCAUGCUAUAAAGUCAUUAAAAUGGCGCGCCAACAUACUUGAAAUUUCACAUGGUAAAUUAUUUUCGAUGAUGCGUAUGAUUAAACUAACAUUUUGAAAUAAAAGUAAAGUCGAGUAUUUGUUUGUUCAAAAGCAAAGAAAUCAAUGGAGUGGUGAAGUUUGGUUCAAAAGUGGGUAUUGUGACACAAAGAUGAUCCAUACGUUACGUUAAGGGGAAAUUAUGAAAUGUGAACGCAGGAUAAAGGAUAAACAAGAAGUAGCAAAGGAAAUCUAUGGAAUAUUUAGUUAACGCAACACUGAAUUGUUGACGUACAUUCAGCAAAAACAAAUAAAAAAUAAAAAGGCAGACGACAAACAUGGACGAGAAGCAGAAGAGUAUUCUAGAUAGAAACCAAUGGUUGCUGCUAGGAAAUAUCGUUAUGACAGAAGAUUUUUUUCAAGCUUUAAGGACAGAAAAUGUGCUUCCAGACACCAUGGUGAAGGAUAUUCGGGACAAAGCAACACAAUAUGAGAGGAAUACCAAGUUAUUAGAGACACUGCGUCUUCGAGGCGGAGAUUCAUACAGGAAGUUCCGCCAUGUUUUGUACUUGACGGGUCAUCUUCUACUGGCCGACCAUCUGUAUGGGGAGGAUAUCGAAACAAAACUCCUUCGUGCGGACGAAGUAUUUGGAAAAUUUCCGAAGGUUUUCAACCAUGUUAGUGAUGACACAAAGACCAAGCUCCUGAAAUACUUAGAAACAAAGGUAAAAGAAAGAGCUAUAACAAAUGCAUGGCUUACAUCGGGACAAGAGAGGAGCGAAUUGUUGGAAGCAAAGAAAAUUCAUUACGAUGCCGAGAAAGAUUACAGGAUAAAGCUGGAAACUAAAACAAAAAAGAUGGCCCAAAUGAAAGAGGAACUUCAGCGGUUAAAGGAAGAUAUAAAAUCAAAAGACGGAGAAAUAGUACGGUUGAAAAAAGAAAUUGUUGAAAAUCAAACAAUGUUUAAACAAGAUUUAGCAAAACAAACACGCUUCAAUGCAGCAAACAACAAUUCAAUUAUACAAUUGAGGGAUAGAUAUGAUAACUUUAAUGAGCGGGUGCGAACAGUCAAUAUUGCUAUACGUCAGUUUCUAGAGGCAGAACAAGAAGACAUAGAGGAAGAUGUAGAAAAUAUCAAGAUAUCUGUCUUAGAGAGGAACGUCAGGCGACUGAUACAACUUGCUCGGACAAAUAUUGAACAUACCAGCAGCAGUAUGAAUGAGAAAGAGGCGGUUGUAUCACUUUUACGGACUUCUUCUAGACACAAGAAACACAGUUUGCCUGACAUAGUAAAACAAUACGUUGAAAAACAGGAACGGGCAAAGAUGGCCCUUGCAAAUGAGCUGGAAACACUUCUUACGUGUAUCAGAGGUCCAAAAUUCAAGUUGACAUACAAGACGAAAUCAGAUCUGAAAUUUUUGAAAUCUCAGAUGUCGAUGUUAAGGGAAGAAGUAGAGCACAUGAAGAAGAAAAUAGAGUGGAAAGACUCCCAGAUUUCCGAAUUAAUCAAGGAAAAAACUUUAGGAACGGACUGUGAGCACAUGUCCCAACAGCAACAAAGCCGGACUGUAACAUUCCCGCGCCUGUCAGUGUCGUCUGCUCAACGCGAUUCUCCCGAUUCUACGCGAGAAAUAGAAAGGGUGUAUCAACAAUUUGAUAGGUUUAAUAAGGAAGCACAUUCCCCUCCUCCAAAGCAGAGUAGAAGAAGGAGGGGCUCAUUAGCUGAAGUGGAUUUAGAAAAUGGACGAUCGCCGUCUCCGGUUUACAGAAACAGGCAAAAUUCUAAGUUAGACGCCAGUGACCUUGACCUUUUUGGGUCUACCGGGUCUACCGUACAUUUUCGAAGAAGUUUUACUGAUAUUGCUUCAUCCAGUUUCCAAAGUCUUUCAAGUAAAUCAUGUAGUUCGGUUGAUAAAGCAUUUACGCCAAGACAAACGUCUGAUAUGAACGAUAAAAUAAAGCUAGAUUUGAAACGCAGGAGGGAAACAAAAACUGAGCCGGAAGCUGAUUACGUUAGGGAAGGGAGACGACCCUCCCUGGCAGAACUUAUCACAAUAUAUGAGAGUACCAACGAUGGAAAAGACGCAGACAGUCAUCAACUAGAAGACAAACAUGAAAGAAGAUUACCUGUUCUACAAGAAACCUGACUUAAUGUAUAAAUUCUGAAAUAUUGAAUAUACGAAGGACGGUCAGAAAAUAUCCGGACUUUUGACUUUCUCGAAAACCAUUCAACAUUUUUAAAAAAAUCUCUCUACUCUUUUUCAAAAUAUUAUCCACCUACGUCUACGCACAUUUGCUAUCUUUGUGGGAGCUUUUGUAUUCCCGCUGUGAACCAUGACGUAGACCUAUGUUUUAGGUACUGUGUAACAGCAGAUAUCAAAGCCGCCCUGGUCUUAUAUUUCUUUCCAGCAAGCAAUUUUUUCAGUUCUGGAAAAAUAAAAGUCACAGGGGCGAGGUCUGGGCUAUAAGGAGGGUGAGACAACAAUUUCCAUUUGUAAGAGUUGAUAACUUCCACUGUAGCUGCGGCGGUAUGGGAGGGGACGUUAUCGUGAAGAAGGAGGACAUUUUUCUGUGCUAACCUUGGACGCAUUUGCUUCAACUUUUCUCUGAGAUUUUUCAGAAUUACUUCAGAAUAGUACUUGGCAGUGACAGUUUGACCUUUUGGCAUGAAAUGAGUGAGUAUCAUUCCACGUGAAUCCCAAAAGGCAACAAGCAUGACUUUGCCAGCCGAAGGAGACAGCUUAAACUUUUUAGGAGGUGGGGAAACAGCUCGUUUCCACUGCUUUGAUUGAGCUUUUGUCUCAGGUUCGGAAUAAUGAACAAAGAUCUCAUCUCCAGUGAUAAUGCGGUUCAAAAAUUAUCUCCUUCACGAUUAAAACAACUUAAAUGUUCUUUUGCAUUGGUUACUCUGGUUGCCUUUUGAUCUGCGGACAGCUGUCUAGGCACCCACCUGGCACUUACCUCGCUCAUGCCUAGGUGUUCGUGUAAAAUCUUGUGUGCCGAUGCCUUACUGAUGCUAAACUUGUUGGCUACCUCCUCCAAAGUUACUCUACGAUUUUUGUUGACAAAAGCUUUUACAUUUGCUACCAUUGUUGGGGUCACCGCCUCAGCUGGCCGCCCGUCCUAGGCCUGUCACAAACACUUGUUCUGCCUUCACGAAACUGAGAAACCCAGUUGUAGAAGGUUGAACGUGAUACACAUUUAUCAGAAAAUCUUUUAAGCCUCUGAAAGAUGUGGCAGGGCUUUUCACAUUCAGCAACCAGAAACUUUAUUAUAGAGCGAUGUUCCUCUUACAAAGAGUCCUUGGUAGACGAAACACCUAUCAUAUAUCAGGGGGCAAAAUACUGUGUACACAACUAUCAUUGAAAAUAAACUGACCACGUUAUUGGGCGAAUGAAUGUAGAUUUCACCAAUAUAUAACGUGUGUAUAUAGCUUCACGUGGAAAGAGAGGAGCAUGAAAAGUCUGGAUAUUUUCUGACCGUCCCUCGUAUAAUUUGAAGGCGUUUUUAUAUUUGAUAUGUUUAGAACAAGAAUUCGUCUCAUUUGCACAGUUAACUUUACAAAUUUUAUAGCAGUUUUUUUUCAGUAAACAUAUGUAAAACGAAACUUUCAUGUAUAAAAUGUAUUGCAUUCCAUCACUUUUUG